CGAAAAGAAGUUUUCUCUUCGCUGGGUCUGGUGAUUGACGGCUCCUGACAUCCCGCCUCCUCCUCCUUAAGCACCCUGGAGGGAACCUAAGGAACUGACCUGAGGAACUCAGGAGAACUUCCGACAGAGAACCUCCUAAAAUGGAGGCCGUCUCCCUCUGAGUGACCUCCGACCUGUGACCUCAUCAUCAUGGCGGACGCCUCGUCCAUGUUCGUGACGGAGACGGCUCGCCCCCUGCUGGUGGACCUGGACCCCUGCGCCCUCCAGCUGAGAGCCGACAUCCAGCUGCUGCCCGCGCUCACCAGCGCCACCCUGUGUCUGCUGGGGGUACUCUACUGCUUCUGGGGUUAUCGGUGUUUUAAGCUGGUGAUGUUUGUGUCUGGGUUCGGGCUGAGUGUGUGUGUGUCCUACCCGCUGUGUAAGCUGCUGGCGCCAGAGCUGCGUCUGGAGGCGUACUGGGGCAUCUGCCUGGGCGUGGCGCUGCUGGUCGGCACGGUGACGGCGCUGGUGCGUAGCGCGGCGCUAUUCCUGAGCGGCCUGCAGCUGGGCCUGCUGCUCUCUGGCGCCGCCCUGCUGGUGGCGGGCCAGUACUGCGCCCUCAGCCCGCUCUGGCUGCCGCUGGGCGUCGCCGUGGGAACCGCCGCCUCCACCGCCGUGCUCACGCUCUUCUGGCAGAAGCCGAUGGUGCUGUUGUCCACGGCGACGCUCGGCGCUGCCAUGGUGACGCUAGGGGUGGACGUCGGGGUGGAGGUUCGGACGCUGCCGAUGCGAGCGCUGGACGGAGUGCUGUGGGCGUGGCCGGAGGAGGAAGUGGUCAGGGCGGAGCCGCACCUGAUGUGCUGGUACACCUGGGUGAUGCUGGGGGUGUGGCCUGCCCUCGCCGUGCUGGGCGUCAUCGUGCAGUGGAGGCUCACGGCUUACAAAUACACACACAUGGACGUGUUUGGGAGCCACCGCCAGAAGCAGGUCCCCCUCAUGCAUAUCAGACAGAGAGAAGCUCGCCGACGAUCCCAAGGAGUUUACAGGAAACGACGACCACCACCACUCAAACGCUACGCAGGAGACACACUGGCACCAAGUUACCUGCGUAGCCUGCAGGAGCGUCAGAGUGGGACUGGUUCGUCUCAGAGCAGCCUGAGCACCUCACACACACACCACACCAUGAUCGACUUCGACUUCGAGACCGGCUCCAUGGUGCCGCUCACUUCACCCUCGUCCUCCACCUCCACGCUACGCAUCUGACACACACACACACACUGAUUGAGAUUGCCUUGUGUUUCCUACUUAUACUCCCAACACACCUCAAGCCUCCAGUCUGGUCGAUGAAGCUCUGGACCCCACUGUGUG